AUGUCGCCGCCGGCGCAUGCCGCCGGCGAGCAGGCGCGUGUGGUCGACGUCUGGGCCGACAACGAGGAGGAGGAGCUGGCACGCAUCUCGGGCCUCUUCGCCGACUUCCCCAUCGCGGUGGUGGCCACGUACCAAGACCUCCCCGGCCGCCCUCUCCGCCGCACCGGCCACCUCGAAUUCCGGGACGACGUCUACCGCGUCGUGCAGUCGCGGCGCAACCUGAACGACCAGUGCGAGGUCCUCCACGACAGGACCCGAGCCGUGCGAUUCUUCCAGCUCGUCCUGGCACUCCUCGACCGCGACGGCCGCGUCGCCACGGGCCGCGUCUGGCGGUUCCACGUAGGGGCGCCGCUCCCCGCCGACGACCGCCUGCUGCUGGAGCUGGGCGUGGAGCCUCCUGCCCGCCGCCGCCUCCGCCGCGACCACAUCGGGAAGGCUCUCGUCAAGUGCCGCGCCGUCCGCAACAACGCCGUCACGUGGGUGACCUGCGACGGCGCCGACGACGUCUGCCACCUGCUCAACUGCUUCUACCCCCCCGGAGUCGUCCGUGACGUCUACGACCGCGUCAACUUCGUGCGAAACUCCCGCUCAAGCUUCCCCCGGCUGUACGACCUCCGGUUUCUCGCCGAGUGGCGGACGCUGGCGGGGGAGGAGCCCCCGCUCGCAGCCGCCGGAGCCGCCGGAGGGCCGGCCGCGCUCCUCCGCGGCUUCCUCGCGCUCAUCAAGGAGCCGACUUUCGAGGAGCAGAUGGAGGGAUACAACGGGAUACUGUACGGGGUCGGACAUCUGGAUACUCCUGACGUCGUCAAUCUACACAAGGUGAACUCUGAGGAGCUUCAGACACGGAUCAGGCUGCAAUUCGGUGCUUGUAAGAAAUAG